UUCCUCUCCCCCUCACUCGUCUCCGUGGUCUUCGCCAGCAGCGCUCGCGUGUUCCGUAACCAAGACAAUCACGGAUCACGAGGCUCAACGUUCCGUCCCCGCGUCUCCCGUUACCGGAGUCACGGGUAUGUCGAAUCCCAGGAAGGACUUUGACGUGAAACAGAUCUUGCGUAUCCGAUGGCGAUGGUUCGGUCACCCCACAUCUCCUCCUGGUAAUCAGCCUACGGGAGAUCACUUCAGCAACAGCCGCGGAACGGGGGGUUCCUCAUCCGGUGGCGACCAGCCCUCCCUCGGUGGCUGCGGUAGCGCCGGUGCCAGCCCAAGUAAUGUCAACUCUUCCUCUAACAUCAACAACAACCGAAAGUUUGGAGAUGCGGUUCCCAGCAACGGGCUCUCGACAGCGGCAGUAGGCGCCUCCGCGUGCCCUCGGUCCAUGAGCCAGCAGGAGUGCCGGAGCCCUCCGCCGCCGCCGUGGGUCUUCCCGGCUCAUUCCCGCUCCAGCGAGAACCUGGAGCCGCUUCAGCAGCAGCAGCCGCCGUCCACGCGUGGGUCAGAAACUCCGGGACCGGGAGAUGAAGAAAACAACAAUCACAACGUGGAGUCUGACACCAGCUCCUGCAGGACGUCCAACAGCACUGCGACGUUGUCCUCAUGUGCGUCGAUGGAGCCGUGUGUAUCAGAUGAACACUUCCAGGCACACAGUCACGCCGAACACACCUUCAGACGCAUGGAGACCUACCUGAGGACCAGGAAGCUGUGUGAUGUUGUCCUUCUCGCUGGGGAACGCAGAAUACCAGCACACAGACUGGUUCUCUCAUCAGUGUCUGAUUACUUUGCGGCCAUGUUCACCAGUGAUGUCCGAGAGGCCAAACAAGAGGAGGUCAAAAUGGAGGGUGUGGACCCAGAUGCAUUAUGGGUUUUGGUGCAGUAUGCUUACACAGGGCGUCUGGAGUUGAGGGAGGAUACUAUUGAGAGUUUGCUGUCUGCGUCUUGCCUUCUGCAGCUAUCUGCAGUGGUUCAGGCCUGUUGCAGUUACCUAAUGAAACAGCUUCAUCCUUCCAACUGUCUGGGCAUUCGCUCUUUCGCAGAUGCCCAGGGCUGUUUUGAUCUCCAUAAGGUUGCACAUAACUACACUAUGGAGCACUUUAUGGAGGUCAUGAGGCAUCAGGAGUUUCUCCUCCUGCCGGCGUGUGAGGUAGAGAAGCUGUUAGCCUCCGAUGACAUGAACGUUCCAGAAGAGGAAACCGUGGUAACGGCCCUGCUUAGCUGGGUCCGACAUGAUGCACCCAACCGUCAAUCACAACUCCCAGACCUCCUCGCUCACAUCCGCCUACCUCUGCUUAAACCACAGUUUUUAGCAGAUAUGGAGGCCAACCCAUUGCUAAGGGACAGUGUGGAGUGUCAGCGUUUGGUAAUGGAGGCCAUGAAAUAUCAUUUGUUACCAGAGAGACGGCCACUCCUCCAGAGCCCGAGGACACGCCCCCGUAAGGCCACUGUAGGGGCGCUUUUUGCCGUGGGUGGCAUGGAUGCCACAAAAGGGGCCACUAGUGUUGAGCAGUACUGUUUACGGAGGGAUACGUGGUGGCAAGUGGCUGUCAUGAGUGGGAGGCGUCUACAGUUCGGCGUUGCAGUCCUGGACGAUCGCUUGUAUGUGGUAGGGGGACGAGAUGGCUUGAAGACCCUCAACACUGUGGAGUGUUACAACCCUCGCAGCAAGAGCUGGAGUGUCAUGCCACCCAUGUCCACUCACAGACAUGGCCUGGGUGUUGCAGUGUUAGAAGGCCCUAUGUAUGCUGUGGGUGGUCAUGAUGGUUGGAGUUACCUAAGCACUGUAGAGCGCUGGGACCCUCAAGCUCGCCAGUGGAGCUUUGUUGCGUCAAUGGCAACACCCCGGAGCACCGUAGGAGUUGCAGUCUUAAAUAGCAAGCUGUAUGCAGUAGGCGGCAGGGAUGGAAGUUCAUGUCUGAAGUCAGUCGAGUGUUUCGAUCCCCACACCAAUAAAUGGAGCAGCUGUGCUCCCAUGUCCAAACGCAGAGGCGGUGUUGGCGUGGCAACAUGGAAUGGCUUCCUGUAUGCCAUCGGUGGCCAUGAUGCCCCUGCCUCAAGCUUGGCAUCUCGACUGUCAGACUGCGUUGAAAGAUAUGACCCAAAGACAGACGUGUGGACAGCGGUAGCUCCCAUGAGCCUCAGCAGAGACGCAGUAGGGGUUUGUCUUCUGGGGGACCGUCUGUAUGCUGUGGGAGGCUAUGAUGGCCAGGUGUACCUGAACACCGUGGAGGCCUACGACCCCCAGACCAAUGAGUGGACACAGGUGGCGCCGCUGUGUUUAGGUCGAGCUGGAGCCUGUGUGGUUGCAGUGAAGCUUUGAAAUGCUGUCAGUCAUCUCCAUGGUGACCAUCUAGAGUGUAAACCUACAGUGGUCCUGAUGCGGUGUGUCUGGAUGGAUAAGAGCAUCUGCUGACCAGGAAAGAAAUAAAUAAUAAACAGACACACAGCAGAACACUGAACUCUGGUAUACUGCUAUGCCUUUUAGUAUGUAUUUAUCUAUUGUAUUCACUGCAAAAACUAUACUUCCUUUUUACAUGAUUGAAUCAUGCAUUUAUCUGUUCACCCUGUCUCAUCCCUUCAUCUGCAUUCUCCGUUACUGACAUAUUCUUCCCUGAUGAUAGAACAGUGACUGUAUAACAGUGAGUACUCUCAGGGGACACAGUGGAAAUGAUGAAACAGAUCAUUCGGAGUCGAUUAAAAAUAUAACUGGAACAUGCAGAGCCAAAAAAUAAUCUGUCAUUCAAGAACAGCCGGAGUGUAGUUAAGCAUCUCAACAGAAAGAGA